AUGAAUCGGAUACCAAGCAGUGCAGGGCCAACUGGCUACGCUCAGCCAGAGCGUCCCAUUCAUGUCAUUCUAGCUGGGGACGAGGAGAUUUUAACUGAAAACAAUGGUGCCAGUCGGGAGAAGGUUACGCCCCUGCCUCCAGCAUAUGGCCUCUGGAGAGGUAGCGUGAGAAUUAAUCCAAACUUGCUCUAUUGGCACCGCGUAGACAUCAACACCUCAUCUUUACCACAACACGCAAACGAGGCCCAAGGUUUGGGUAGCAAGGUCCCAUUACCACGGCCUCCCAGCUACACUUCUGAUAAUGGCAUCGACUAUGUGAUUGAAGCACAACCCCGAUCACUUACCCAAGGCCCUUCUGCAGGAUGGCCAGGACAUCCAUGA